AUGUCCUCCUCGAUCGUAAGAAAAGCUCUUCAAAUAGUUGAUGAUGAUAGUUCAUCAAAAUAUAAACCAAAUAAAAAGAUGAAAGCAAAAGAUGUUCUGGUUGGAGGAAGAUGGAAAAAUAUGCAGAGUACGAAAAAACUAACUAUUAGUGAGCUUCGGAAAACAAUGCAAUGUAAGGAAGAAAUAUACCGGAAGAACAUGGAGAAAUUGGAAUUAAUAAAAAAAUUAACUAAUAUUCAAUUGAACCAAGAUGCAUUGGAUAUAAUCUUAGAGAGAGGUGUAACGGGAAAGCCAAUAUCAGGCAAUCCAAAAAUAAGGAAAAAGAAGGAAAAAACUUCUGCGUUCACUGAAGAAGACUUCAAGAAAUUUGAAAGAGAAUACACUGAUUAA